AUGUCGCUGGCCGCUGUCAAAACCGUUGCCGUGGCUGAUAUAAUAUUUCUAGUGGAUUCCUCUUGGAGCAUUGGGAAGGAACAUUUCCAACUCGUUCGAGAGUUUCUGUAUGAUGUUGUAAAAGCUUUAGAUGUGGGAGGAAAUGAUUUUCGCUUUGCCCUGGUCCAGUUCAGCGGAAACCCCCACACAGAGUUCCAGUUAAACACCUACCCCUCUACCCGAGACGUCCUGUCCCAUAUUGCCAACAUGUCUUACACGGGGGGAGGCACCAAGACUGGAAAAGGAUUAGAGUACCUAAUCGAGAACCAUCUCACUAAAGCUGCUGGAAGCAGAGCCAGUGAAGGCGUCCCCCAGGUGGUUAUAGUGUUAACGGACGGACGAUCCCAGGAUGAUGUGGCUCUGCCAUCAUCUGUCCUUAAAUCGGCCCGUGUAAACAUGUUUGCGGUCGGCGUGCAGGAUGCAGUGGAAGGGGAUUUAAAGGAAAUAGCGAGCGAACCCUUCGACACGCACCUUUUCAACCUAGAGAAUUUUACCGCUCUCCACGGCAUAGUUGGAGACUUAGUGGCGAGUGUCCGUUCAUCCAUGACUCCAGAAAAGGCUGGGGCCAAAGGACUGGUUAAAGACAUCACAGCUCAAGAGUCCGCUGACCUUAUUUUCCUUAUUGACGGAUCAAACAACAUCGGAAGUGUCAAUUUUCAAGCCAUACGUGAUUUCCUUGUAAAUUUGAUUGAAAGCCUCAGAGUUGGAGCUCAGCAGAUACACAUUGGGGUGGUGCAGUAUAGUGAUCAACCCAGAACCGAGUUCGCUUUGAACAGCUACUCCACAAAAGCGGAUGUUCUGGAUGCCGUGAAGGCACUUAGGUUCCGCGGUGGCGAGGAAGCGAACACCGGUGCGGCACUGGAGUUUGUGGUGGAGAACCUCUUCACCCAGGCGGGAGGCAGCAGGAUAGAGGAAGCGGUGCCUCAGAUUUUAGUGCUGAUAAGUGGUGGAGAGUCUAGUGAUGAUAUCCGAGAGGGCUUGUUAGCGGUCAAGCAAGCUAGUAUAUUUUCAUUUAGCAUUGGGGUCCUGAAUGCUGACAGUGCAGAGCUGCAGCAGAUUGCUACUGAUGGAAGCUUCGCAUUUACUGCCCUGGAUAUCCGUAACCUUGAUGCUCUUCAAGAAUUAUUACUGCCCAACAUUGUUGGAGUGGCACAAAGACUCAUUUUGUUAGAGGCCCCAACCAUUGUGACUGAAGUUAUUGAAGUGAACAAGAAGGAUAUAGUCUUCCUGAUAGAUGGCUCAACUGCUUUGGGGUCUGGCCCCUUUAAUUCAAUUCGUGAUUUCGUUGCCAAAAUUGUCCAAAGGCUGGAGGUUGGACCCGACCUGAUCCAAGUUGCGGUGGCACAGUAUGCAGACACUGUGAAGCCAGAGUUUUACUUUAACACCCACCAGACCAGAAAGGAUGUGAUGGCUAACGUGAAGAGAAUGAAGCUCAUGGGUG